AUGUUUAACCAGAACGGUAAGUUGCGAGAAAUAAAACUUUUGUUUUUAUAAACGAGUAUUUUGUAUACUCAAGUUGUUAUUAGUUUUUGGAAAGAAAUUUGUUUAAUUUUGGAAUAGGAAAGUCUUUCAUUUUUUAAAUAUAGCGUACGGUUACGGCUUUAACGCCACGGUGCCCCAAUCGGCAUAUUACAAUGUUCCCGGUGGAUACCAAGCUGCUAAUGGUUACGGUAUGCCCAUGGCUUAUCCGGAGCCAGCAACCUCCAGUAGAGUCGAGAGUCCACCAAGAUCAAGUUCAAAGCACAGGAACAGUAAGAUCAGUACGGACACGAGUUCCAAAGACCCUACUGCUUUAGCGUAUGUCAAUUUCGCUUAAGUUAUUUGAUAUAAUAAUUUUUUAUAAUGAUUUCAAAUUUUUCAGAAGUCGUAUUUUCAUUGGUAACGUCAGCACGUCUACCACAAGGGACGAAAUCAUCGAUACAUGUAGACCUUUUGGUCGCCUGAGGGCGGUUUCUUUGUUCAAAGGAUUCUCGUUUGUCCAAUAUUCGGCUCCAGAAGAAGCAGCUCUCGCCGUACAGGCUCUAGAAUCCUACACUCUAAAUGGCUCCAAACUUGAUGUCCGAGCAGUGUCCGUAGCCGCUGUGAAGGGAAGCGUUUUGAAUUCUGGGUAUGUAUAACAAAUUCUUAAAAGAACUUCAAUAUUAAUAUUAUAAGACUUCUUGAUAAAUACAGUCUAAACGUUUAAUGAAGCUUAUGUUUCAGGCAGGUCAAACGUCCAAAGACCGACUUUUUCUUUGGAGGUGUAAAAGUGCGUCCAGAUGUAGUCAACGGACGCAACAGGUCCUUUGCCGAAGACAUUUCUCCCAGCUUAAAGACACUUCAAUUCCAUGAUCAUCAACAGAAAGAUACUCUUAUUUGCGGUUCUUGCAGAAGCACUUUUACCGACAUUGUGGACUACAUUAGACAUCGCAGACAACCAAACUGCCUCUACUUUGAAAAAGGUGUGUUUUAUUUAUAAAUUAUUGAUUUACUGCUAAAAAAUGUACGAUUUCUUUGUAGAUACUUGUAUUAACCACAUUUUAUUUCAGAAGUGUGUCCAAAGACCAUGAGUUGCUUCACGUGCAAUGCAGAAUUCAAAGAUCCCUGGAUCUUCACUCAACACUUAAUCCAUCGUCACAGCAUAAACUUGUUCAAAGGACAGCCAAAGAGCGAUCCAAUCCAGUUCGAGGCCAAGUACGGUCAAUUUGAACAAGCACCUGCAGAAUCUGAUGAUUCUGACUCUGAAGAGAAAACAAAUAAUGACCAGAGUGAGUACGAAAACGGUAAUGGCGAGCCAUCAGCAAAGAAGCAGCGACAAUGGACCGAAGCCUUCAACGACUUCCGUGAAGUGCGAGAAAUGGAUGGAAGAGCUCGAUCUUCUCGUAGUCCGUCUCCUCCUCACAGACCUGUCGAACCUCUCGACUUUGUUAAGGCAUUUCGCGACACUUCUCGGCCCAUGCAAAACACAAAUCCGGCCCCAGAACCCGCUUUUCACCUUCCUCAGAAUCCGAUAAAACUCGCUUCAGCCAACAGCAGCGCCUUGACCGACGAAGAGCAGUUGAGGAUGCUAGCAGAGUUUGAUUCUUCAGGAUUUUAA